AUGCUCCUCCCCGGACAGAAAUGCUUCUUUGGGCGCAACAGCAGGUCAGCAGACCUUGUGGAGAUCCGUUGGAAGGGCCCGGCAACUGUCCUCGUGCGAGAAGACAAUGAAGAUGGCAGGCCCCACAUCUACUGGAUUGGCUACAAGUCUCAACUUCUUCGAGCUGCACCACAUCACGUCCGCCCUGAAAUUGGCAAGUCCACUGACAGCUUGACAGGCAGCUUGCAAGACGCCAAGGACGUGAUCAAAUCUCUGAAGUCAACACUUCUUGAUCCAGAACACGUGACACCACCUCAACCUUCAUCACCUCCAUACUCUCCUUCAUUGGCACCAGAUCCACCACCGGCUGAUGUUGACCUCUUGGACUUUGACGGUCAACCUGGUCAGUCACCUGGACUUUUGACUGGACCACAGCCCGAUCCUCUUGGACUUGAGGACACCGCUCAACCUGGACUUGUUGAGCCAGCUGGAUCUGAUGGACUUCAUGGAGUUUCUGAACCUUUGCCUAAUCCAGCGAUGGAUAUGCCAAUCAAUGUUGGGGAACCUUCCAGAGAACCCAGUCCAAAUGCCGCAUCUCAAGCGCCACCACCUACACCUGAUCUACCUCAACAUCCAAAUGCCUUUCUACAACCAAUCCAACCAGCCGAACUACCUCAACAGCAACAGAAUGAUCAAGCUCCUCAACUUGACCCAUUCACAGCCUCUCUUUACCAACCAGCGACAGAGGAAGACUUCCGAGCUCAUCGGCGUCGCUUCCAACUCCAAGAGACCAUGUCGUUUGGACCUCAUCGACGUGCACCGCCAGCUCGCGCAGUUCCAUAUGAUCCUCCACAACCCAUCAAAGAUGACGCUGAUUUUGGACUUUCAGCAUUUGACAUUGAGGAUCUUGACACUGCUGCGCUGCCACCUGGUUGGAAGUUUGAAGACGGCUACAUCACUUUGGAAGAUCGCACCAAAGAUUUUUGGGAGCUCAAAGCAGGAUGUCUGAUUCGACAUCAUGUUGUUCCUCGCAGAGCACUUUUUGAUCCCAGAGCUCUUUCAGCCAAAGAUCUCAGCCAUAUGCCAGUUCCACUACAACAGUUGGACAAUGUCAGGGCAACUGUCUCCAACCAUGCUCAUGGCAUCAGCCACAUCACUGACAAGAUUGCGAAUGGCCAUUGCACUUUGUCCAACACUCCAUGGAUUGGUUGCACUGUGUUCCAACUCAACGGCGAGACCCGCAAAGAACUUGGACUUCAUGCAUAUGCUGCGAUGACUGCAAAGCAGGUUGGCAAGAAAGAGAAGAUCAACUCAGAGCGCAAAAUGCGAAAAGCUGCUCCCAAGAACGAGAUCAACGAAAGAAAGCUGAGCCUGAAGAUCCUUUUUCAUCAAGCCAACAGAAUUUUGCUGAAGUGGGCGAAGAAUGCCGACGGCACGCCACGAGCCAAGGCGAGACUCGUCGUGCGUGGCUACGCUGAUGCCGAUGCCUUAGCAGGAGAAUUAGACACUGCUUCUCCAGCUUCUACCAGAUUGGGCCGGGCAUGCUUGCUGUCCAUCUCGGCGAUUCUUGGUUGGUGUGGCUGGAGCGCUGAUGUUUCUACAGCUUUCCUUCAAGGACUCCCACAGGAGAGACGACUGUGGGUGAAGUUGCCAGCAGAUGCCCUUAGUAUCCUUGGCGGCGAUGCUGACACCAGGAUGUUUUUGCACAAGCCUGUCUAUGGCCAGCUUGACGCACCAAAGAGAUGGUUCCUUGAAGCAACUCGCAGACUUCGCCACCUGCAGUGGACACCUCAUCCCAUGGAUCCUUGGUUUUGGCUUCUUUAUGAACCAGCUGAAGCUGAUGGCUCAGCUACCAAACUAUGUGGCCUCCUAUGUCUGCAUGUUGAUGACAUGUUGGGAUGGGGUGACACAAAGUCUGAGACCUACCUGAAUGCUGAAAGACAACUCAAGGAGUCUUUCAACUUCCGCACUUGGCAAAAAGAUGAACCCUUUGAGUACUGCGGUGCCAAGAUGACUCGUGAUUCAGACGGCACAUGGCAUGUGAGCCAUGAUGAAUAUCUUCGAAAAGUUCAACCAAUUCCCGUUGAGCGGGGCCGUCAAUCACACCAACCCAUGUCCGACAAGGAGCAGACAAUGCUUCGUGGCCUAUUUGGAAGCCUUCAGUGGCCAGCGAUACAAAGCUCUCCACACAUCCAAGCUUCAACCAGCUUGUUGUCAGGUGAGAUGAGCACUGGACUUUCUGCACCCUUGCUUGAAGCCAACAAGCUCGUUAAGUUCAGCAAAGCCAACGGUGAUGUUCACCUGAAGUUCAACCCACUUGGAGAUCUCAAAGACUUGCGUCUGAGCUGCAUGUUUGAUGCAGCACUUGGUGCACGUCACGAUGGCUCCACCCAAAUUGGUUGCAUUGUGUUGCUCACUUACAAGGAUGCCUUCAGAGGUGUGGAAUGUCCAUACCAUGCUUUGGAGUGGAAGAGUUUUCGUUUACCCAGAGUGGCCCGCUCGAGCCUUGCUGCAGAAGUUCAAUCGGCUGCCCAAGCAGUUGACGCCACAGAGUUUGUUGUGCGCUUUUGGCAUUUGAUUUUCAAUCCACAUGACUCCAUCAAGGAGACCUUGAGUGUGAAGAAUCCUACGCUGGCUCCAAUUUUUGUCACUGAUGCGAAGGCUCUUUUUGAUUCCUUCCAUCGAGAUGCCAUCAACCAUGGAGCGACUGACAAGCGCACCAACUUGGAACUACGUGUCAUCCCAGAACAAGUCGAAUGCAUUGGAGAAACCCUGAAGUGGAUUUCAUCUGAACGCCAGUUCGGCGAUGGGCUGACGAAGAUGUCUGCACGUCAGCUUCUUGCAGAUCGACUUAGGCAUGGCUCAAUCAAAUACACCUGGGACUCCACGUACCAGGCUUCAAAGAAGAAGACGGCACAAGAAAGAGCAGAGAGCAGAAAUCAGCAGAAAUCAAAGAUCACUGACGAGCUCGACAUGACUGAGAAUUUCGAGUCCCAUGUCGAGACCUUUGAGACUGAACCCACCGAAGCUUUUGUGAAUAACCAGCACUCACAGAAUGACACAGCUAUUGAAGAGACCUUUGUCCAAGAGAAUUUCCAGGCUCCUGUUGAGACCUACGCCAGCCAUGUCGGCGGCUCUUUGUUGCUGCGGUAUGUUUUGCUGGUGACCACGGUGCAGAGCACAGCUGCAUCAGAGCUUGUAACUGGAAAUCAAUGCAGUUUGGAUGAUGCACCCAUUGAGUUUUCAGAGACAGAUGAUCAAGUUGCCUCCUUAAGGGAAAGGCAUGCCCAGCCACGUGUGGACCAUGCAGAACUGCAAGCUGAAAACACUCAGCUUCAACAGCGUGUCAUUGACAUCAACGCGCAAAUCACUGACAAAGAAACUGAGAUCCGUCGACUGCGAAACGAGCUGAUAGCUGCCCAGGGUCGAAUGGUCGAACAACAGUUUGUCAUUGAAGAUCAUGCUGCAGUUAGAGAACAUGAAAGAAUGCAAGAUCAGAGAUCGUUUCGUAUUGCAGUUGGUCUUUUGGACCGCAUCUUGGAUGAGACUCGAAGGCUGAACCAGUUCAAGGCUUACUUUGCUGUCACUGGAAGAUGUUGGCGUACGCGCCGAAACUGCACUGGAUUGAAUACUGCGAACCAAGUUGAAGAGCGCGAUGCAUGUUCUUUCUGCUUGUCGAACCUGCCACCGUACGUGAUUCAUCCAGAUACUGUCACGACAUUCUGGCAAGACUGUGAAAUACUGUGA